CCUACGGCACGCCAAAGCCGUCAUAUGACCCACGGACGCCAGGAGCCACAGAGGGGGAACAGCUGCAGCCGCCGGGAGUCGAGUCGGUGCCGUGGUGACGGAAGGCGAAGCGGAACGAGUUGAGCCGGCGAGGCGGACGCAGGGGGAGAGACGCGGGGGCUGGGCUGCUGUCGCUGCCACCAUGCUGGCCUUGUUGUCUCGGCUGCUGGACUGGUUCCGGUCGCUCUUCUGGAAGGAAGAGAUGGAGCUGACGCUGGUCGGGCUGCAGUACUCGGGCAAGACCACCUUCGUCAACGUCAUCGCGUCAGGCCAGUUCAGUGAAGACAUGAUUCCUACAGUGGGCUUCAACAUGCGGAAAGUUACCAAGGGUAAUGUCACAAUAAAGAUUUGGGAUAUAGGAGGACAGCCACGAUUCCGAAGUAUGUGGGAACGCUACUGCAGAGGAGUUAAUGCUAUUGUCUAUAUGGUAGAUGCUGCAGAUCGUGAAAAAAUAGAAGCUUCUAGAAAUGAGUUGCACAAUCUUCUAGACAAACCACAGCUACAAGGAAUUCCUGUUCUAGUACUUGGAAACAAAAGAGACCUUGCUAAUGCACUGGAUGAGAAGCAGCUUAUUGAAAAAAUGAACCUGGCUGCUAUUCAAGACAGAGAAAUCUGCUGCUACUCCAUUUCUUGCAAAGAAAAGGACAAUAUAGAUAUCACACUUCAGUGGCUUAUUCAGCACUCAAAGUCUCGAAGAAGCUGAAAACGUUCACAUAGCUGCUCAUUUGGCCAUAUUCUCAAUUGUCUACUCCCUCCGUGAUGAAUUGUUAUCCAGGAUAGCCCUCCUGUGUCCAAGGAAUUGCCUUUUUUUCACAGUUCAUGCCUCCAUAUAUGCACUGCUGAAUGACUUAUAAUCCUACUUCUGUCAAAGAGUUGGCUAGAGUUGUCAUAAGUCGUGCAAAUGUUUUUUAUUCAUUUCAUCUAGACAGUGGCAGUGGGUACUUCUUCUCCAGAAUUUUUUUUCUCUCUGGUCUUCCUGAUCCAGAUUUUUAUAUUAGAUUCUCCGCACAAUUAUUUCAUUCUUGUAUGUAGCCGCUCAUUGGAAAUGCUGGCACGUGGCAGCACAGGGAUUAGAUCAACUGUUAUUAUAAAGCUUUUCCGACACUGUUUAAAUGGGAUACUGUACUAAUUUUUCCUCUCAGAUGCAUGUGAUGUUUAUUGUAAAAAGAUUUCAAUGGAAAGUAUGAGGCACUAGAAUUAAAUCACUAAAUUAUCAUAAAUUCUCAAAUUGUAUUCCUCCCAAUGAAUAAAAUAUUCAGGUUGUCAGCUUUUUUUGUUUUGGUAUCGUGCAGGGCAUUGCUAAUUUCUUUAUAUUUGCUAAAGCUCUUUUAAGUGGAGUAAAGAAUAAGAUACUUCAAAAUCAGCCUGUCAAAAAAUUGAACAUAUAAGCAGGUAUUACGUAAUUUGAAUUAGAUGGAACAGUCACAUCUUUCUUCUAGAAAUGCUUUACAUAGGCUACAGCUUUAUGACAUUCUGGAUGUCAUAUUGAUUUCCAGCACAAAAAUAUGUGUCACUGUCUAGCUUAUUCUUCUAUUAAUGGAGUAGUUGUGCACAGUUGCACUUGGUGCUAAAUACCUAGGCUAUUGUGACAACACUAGGUUUGCCUGCUUCUCACUGUGUAAUCAUGUAUAAAAUUCAUAGGCUAUGAAACAUUAAAUUGUGUCUUGAAGCACAAGGAAAUUUAUGAAGUGAUUGUCUUUCUCAGUUAGCUUCUGCAGUAUAGAGGUUAUUUGAACUGGAAAAAUUAACACUACUUUCAUAUCUUUACAUUCUUGGUAGUGUCAAUAUUUAAACAGAUUUGUCAAAGCUGAAGUUGUUGAUGCAGUAAUGUUGAGGUAGGCUACAGUAUGCAAAUACAUGGUACAAGUGUUUCGGUUGCUCCUUACUGUAUUAUUAUUUUAAGGAACACCUGUAUGUAUUUAAAUGCUGUUCAGAGCCCUUGUUUAAUAUAUGUUUGAUGCAUCCAUUCUUAAUGUGCUUGUUCAAGUACAAAUUGUUUCUCAAAAAUGAACAUUUUAUAUUGGAUCAAGUACUGCUAUUAGCUAUAGUAUGUUUUCUUUUGUUACCUGCAUGCAGAAUGAAACUUCUCUGGCCUUAUAUAGAUAUUCUGUUAUUUUCAAGGAUUCUUUGCCAAAAGGCAUGGAUGGUACCUCUACAGUAAUACAUGAAAUGUUUGUAUAAGCCUGUUGUAGUUCUGUCAUAGAUCAUCUGGAGAAAGUAAAAUGAGAAGCUACAGUGGCAGCAAGUCUAGAUUACUUUUAAAGUGUGCUUAAAGCAUUACAAGUGUAAUGUACACAUUCUGUACUAAAUUGCACCAUUUUCCUCAUAAUGAUUGGACUGAGGUUACAACCUAAAAAUGUGCCCCUGCACAAUAAAUUUUGAGUUAUAACUGCCAUGGCCUUAUUGUUCCCGUACAAAUUCCUGCACUAUUGCAACAUGCAAGUACUGCCUCCGUUUACAAAUUGAGCUUGCAAUUUUAACUUCUCUAUGCUUCAAUAAAAUCCUAUAUUGUUGGUGCUGUAGAAAAGGUUCACUGACUCCCGAUUGUAUGUGUAGCUCACUAUGGACUGCUGUAUUUGACAAGAGCAAUUCUGCUUGUGCCUAAAAAUAUAAGGAAAUUGAAUUAGAACAUGUCAGCCUUUCCUGCAGGAACUAAAUUAUUGUUUAGGUAACUGGCCUUUUGCUGAAUUCAAUAUAUUUGGGAUUUUAGUGUAUACCACACAGCUUUCAGUGUUUUGACGUCCCCAAACCACUAUCAACUUUUUAAUCUUGCAUUAAUCUUGGCAUGUGAACAACUUACACAUUUAUGAAAUUCUGUAAAUAUGUGAAUUUUUUUAUUUAGGUGGAAUGCGUUUUAUUUGUUUACUGCUAUUUAGCUUUAUCCAAUAAACUUUAAGUUUUCAGGGUCA